CUUAAAUGUCCCUGUCACUGCCAAUAAUAUAUGGAAGGUUGAUUUCUUUCCUCAUGCUGCCAUAGCCUUCCUCUUUCCCUAGCGUUGAUGUAGAAGUCACAUUUACUCACCUUUGUGGUUGUGUCUGAAGAUGUGCAUAAAAUAAAUUGAAAUCUGUUGAUGAAGAUCGUCUGAGAAAUGAGCAUUUACUGUGCAUUAAUUUUAAUGUUGUUUUCUUUAGAAAUACUUUCAGACCUUAAUAAUUUCUGAAGUACAUAUUAAACCAACAUGUACAUGAUUUGCCGGAAUUUCUUGAAGUAUUUGGUUAAUUAUUUUCACACAGGAGACAUCAAAGCCCAAAGUAUGCUCUCUUUUGCUGAAUGAUUAAGCCAAGCUUCCCAUAACAUUUCACCAGCAAGAAGGACUAUGACAGACUGCUAACAACAAAGUAAAGUCUGCUGUGGAAAAGAAAACACGAAAAAAUGGGAAAAGAAGAAAACAAUGACCCCAAAGAUGUACAAAGAAAAGGAAAAGCCAAGAUGCAACUCAAAAGAAAUAUAGGUUAUUUUGAUGGGGUAAGUUUUAUUAUAGGAUCAAUCGUUGGAGCAGGGAUCUUUGUGUCUCCUACAGGGGUGUUAAAACAUUCCUUACUCAAUGUUGGCAUUGCUCUAACGAUCUGGACUGCAUCUGGGCUGGUUUCUCUGAUGGGUGCCCUCUGCUAUGCAGAGCUGGGAACCGCUCUGCCCUUCUCCGGAGGAGAAUACAGCCAUAUUAAAAGAGGCCUUGGAUCCCUACCAGCCUUUGUGUUUAUCUGGACAUCAACAUUCAACAAGCCAGCAUCAAAUGCUGCUCGAGCCUUGCUAUUUGCUGAAUAUGCCACACAGCCUUUCUAUGGCAUUUGUCCUGCACCAGAUGUGCUGAAGAAGUGCUUGGCCUUGGCUGUUCUCUGGUCCCUGGGGAUUUUGAAUGGCCUCAGCGUCAAAAUGUCUGUGUGGCUGCAAGCAGUUUUCACUCUGCUGAAGAUGAUGGCUUUGUCUGUGAUUGCUGUCGGUGGCAUAGUUCUCCUCGUUACCAGGCAAAAGGAGAGUCUGGCCAGGUUUGAGGACAUGUUUGCCUCAGAGAUCCCCAGCGCCUCACAGGUUGCCGAAGCCUUCUUCCAGGGGCUGUACGCGUACGGUGGCUGGUGGUCCCUCAACUACAUGGCAGAGGAGAUGAAACACCCCAGCAGAAAUAUCCCCUUAACUGUGAUGACUGCUGUUCCUGCAGUAAUUGUUUUUUAUUUGCUAGUGAACAUAUCAUAUCUGACUGUCCUCACACCUAAGGAAAUUGUCUCCUCAGUUGCUGUGGCAGUCACUUGGGCUGAUCGAGUGAUCCCCUCUGUUGCCUGGAUCAUUCCUCUCUCUGUUGCUGUCUCAAUAUUUGGUGCCCUCAACUGCAGCAUGUUCACACUCGGUCGAUUAAGCUAUGCUGGAAGUCAGUCAGGACAUUUACCUCUUUUAAUAUCCAUGCUUAAUGUCCACUCCUAUACGCCAGCACCAGCCAUGAUUUUUUCAACCAUCAUUGCAUCCAUUUUUAUCAUUCCCUCUGACCUUAUUAUGUUAACAAAUUACUUUGGAUUUUCUGCCUGGCUUAUGAUUGGAUUGACUUGUGCAAGCCUGAUUGUACUUCGAUACCGGGAACCUCAUCUACACCGACCAUACAAAGUGUUUUUACCAGUUCCAUUUAUGAUGGUGGCGAUGUCUUUCUUCCUAGUUCUAGCUCCCAUAGUCUGGUCUCCAAACAUGCAAUAUGCUUACGCUUUCCUGUUUAUGCUUGGAAGUCUUCUUAUUUAUCUGCCUUUUAUACAUUUUAAAUUGCAUUUUCCAUUUCUUGAUAAAUUUACUUGCCACUUACAGCUCCUGUUAGAAGUCUGUCCUGCUGAUGGACCUGCUGAAGGCAAAUGUGAAUAAUGGCAGAUAUUUAAUCUCAGUACAACUAAGAGACAACAAAGGAUUUUGUUUCACUGAGACUGUAAACAGUACAAUUUAUUUGUUGAUGUGAUAUAUAGGUGUGUAUGCAUGCAUACACAUAUGUAGAUGUAUACACAUAUAUUGCAAACAUGCACAUAUAUGUAUGUAUAGGCACAGAAUCACAGAAUCAACUAGGUUGGAAAAGGUCUUUAAGACCAUUAAAGUCCAGCCUAUGACCAAACACCUCCUCAUCAACUAAACCAUGGUAUUAGUAUAAUAAGUUGAUAGAUAUAUAUGUUUGGUUUCAUUUGUAUAAAUACGUAAAUAUAUAUGUAUACUAAUUUAAUAGGUGCAAAAGAUCUCUCUUAAACUUGCAAAAUCUGUAAAAUGCUUUCUCCUGCUCCUGAAAACACAGUUAAAAUUUGCAUAAAGUCUUGCAAUAUUAGAAAUAAGACUCAAUCACAAUGCAAAUAACUAUCAAUAUUAUCAUACUGUAAGUGAAUAAAUACAUAAUAGCAUCAUAAAAAUACACUCACACUGAAAUAAAUUGUCUGGAUUAUUGUUAGUUUGCAGUAGCUCACUGAUUAGAACUUCUGGUUUUAAAGACUUGAUUUUUUUUUCAUCUGCUACUUUUUUGUCAUUAAUUUGUUUUUAA